CGCAAACUGUCGCAAACGGCGCCCCUGCCCCUGCUCCUGCCGCAAAGCGAGGCCGGGAAGAUGGCGGCGCGCUGGGCGCUGAGCGCGGGUGCUGCCUGGGCACGGGGUCUCCUCAGCUGGGCACGGCCAGAGAGGUUGGCCACACACACAAAGAUGUUCAAGGCUCAGGAAAACUCACAACCUUUGGUCUUGAACUCACCUGUUUACUGUAGUCACCAGUGGCUGCCCACUGCUGCUUUAUCCAGGCAGAAUCUGGUUUUUCAGAAUCUGAGGUUUCUGGCAUCUGGGAGCCUUUUUCCUCUGUCCUGCAUCCACACCAGCACAUCUCUGCAGAAAAUUGGGAAGUGGGAGAAGAAGAACAGGAUUGUUUACCCUCCCCAGCUGCCUGGAGAGCCUCGCAGACCAGCUGAAAUCUAUCACUGUCGGAGGGAAAUAAAAUACAGCAAAGAUAAGAUGUGGUAUCUGGCAAAACUGAUAAAAGGAAUGUCCAUUGAUCAGGCUCUCGCUCAGCUGGAAUUCAGUGACAAAAAGGGAGCAAAGGUGAUCAGAGAGGUUCUGUUAGAAGCACAGGAAAUGGCUGUAAGAAAGCACAAUGUGGAAUUCAAAUCAAACUUACACAUAGCGGAGUCGCAGACGGGCAGGGGCCGUUACGUGAAGCGGCUGCGGUACCACGGCAAGGGCAUGUUUGGCAUGAUGAAAAUCAGCAGGUGCCACUACUUUGUGAAGCUGGUGGAAGGUCCUCCUCCUCCUCCAGAGCCACCAAGGACUGGCUUUGACCAAGCAAAGGAAUAUGUGCAGCAGCUGCGAAACAGAACCCUUGUUCACACGCUGUGACACACUUCAGUGGCUGUAUCAUGUUGGGCAAUGAAAUUGUACAAAGGAAUAAUUAAAGUCAUGGUUUAGUUGUU